AUGGCGUUGUCGAAGCAAGACCCACGUAUUGCCUUUUACUGUGAGGGUCGUGACGACAUCUCGCAGCUUGUCCGGCGCUAUGUAUUGUAUUUCUUUUACGAUGAUCAUUCUAUUGAGAUGAGGGAGCUGCCCAAGAAUGUGCUGCAUCUCAGGCGUACCCCGUUCCCACAGCUGCAGAAGGAUGACUUCAGUCUUGGUGCGGCUCUGACAAUACUUGGAGGAAUUGUAAAAAUUACCGGCUACGCUGAUGAAGUGACACGGGUCUUGUGUGAAAAGAAAAGCGAGUUUACAGUGGUACUCUUGGCAGACACUCUUUUCUCGCAGCUGGGUCAUUACUUGGCAAUACUGACGGAAGAGUGCGGUUUCACUAUUUCCUCAUUGCAAAUGACCUGGCUAAGUGAAGACGCCCCCGAAAAGUAUAGUUUACCUGAAGGACUCACAGGUGGUCGCGUUGUUGUGGCAUGGUGCGUGCGUGCCGAAGCGAUUCAAAAAGGCUUAGAUUAUGUAAAGCGGGUAACUGGAGCCUUUGCGGCGAGGGAUGAGGGAGAGGCCAAGAAAUGGGCUCAGUUAGCAGAAGAAGCGGGUCGAAAGCCAGUCGCCAUAUUUGGUGAUCCUCGCUGCUCCGUCGUCAUUGUUAAACCGCAUGCUGUACGAAGCCGCAACGCUGGCAGCAUUCUGCAACAGCUGCUUGAUACGGGACUUGAGCUGACGGCGUUAAUGCUUGCCAACCUUUCCUCCCGUGUAGUGGAUGGCUUCCUUGCGCCCUACAAGGAUGUGCUUCCUGAUUUUUCUGAAACGGCUAGAGCCCUGGCUGGCCAGGUUUGGAUUAUUCAGCUGGUCUCGCUGGAAGACGAUGCCGACGUCGUAUCUCAGGUUCGCGAAGUCUGCGGCCCUUUUGAUCCAAUUAUCGCAAGGAAGUUGCGGCCGAGGUCUAUCCGCGCAGUAUUUGGUGCGGAUCGUGCGUACAAUGCGGUGCAUUGUUGCGACCUGCCUGAAGAAGGACCAAUUUAUACGAACUUCUUUUUUGGCGCAAGAGGUGCAUAG